AUGAAGAGCUUCGGUCAAGCCUGGCGCCGACCCAGAACCUCAAGUUCAACGGUGGCGGAAUCUGCCCUUACUGACUUCCCAAACGGCGUCAAAAUCUGGCACAGCCCUACAGAUGCAGAAAUCGACAUAUGCUUUAUACAUGGCCUGUCAGGCAAUCGCGAUAAAACUUGGACUGCCCAUGGUCAACACAAUCCCUGGCCUACCGAAUUGCUUCAAUCUCGACUGGCCAAAGCUCGUCUUCUCACUUACGGAUAUGAUGCGUACGUUGUGAAGAAGUCUGUCUCUUCAAUGAACCGGCUGAUCGACCACGCCAAUAACUUACUACACGACCUCACCGCUGAACGCGCAUCUUCUGGCAUUAUUAGUCGGCCACUUAUCUUCAUUGUGCACAGCUUUGGCGGUAUCGUUUGCAAAACAGCAUUGAUUAUCUCACGCCAAAGUCCUGAGUCUCACCUUGGGCAGAUUUACAAGAGCACAAGGGGAAUUGCCUUCCUUGGAACUCCGCACCGGGGUUCGUGGGCUGCUGAUUGGGCAAAAAUACCUACUUGGGCGCUGGGUCAAGUCAAAUCGACGAACCGCAACAUAUUGGAUGUCUUACAGACCAAGAACCAAUAUCUCGAAUUCAUUCAAACUUCAUUUCUAUCAAUGAUACGCGAGCUUCGCGAAACAGGCCGGCCUCUGCAAAUCACUUGCUUCUUCGAGGAACUGCCCAUGCCCGGAGUUGGUACCAUCGUCAGCAAGGAAUCAGCCUCGCUCGAGGGCUACAGUGCCUUCAGCAUCCACGCCAACCACUCUGAAAUGGUAAAAUUUGGCUCAGCCGAGGAAAGCGGGUUCAAGAGGUUACUUGGGGAAUUGGUGCGGUGGGAUGCUAUGCUUGGAACGGGAGACUCAACUGCCAGCUCUGUGGCUGAGCUAGAGUCGGAUGGGAAAACGCCAAAUGCAACCUCAUCCCUCCAAACGACAACUGGGCAUAUUUUCAAUGCGAGUGGAGGGACGCAGCAUAACAACAUGGGAGCAGGGAAUCAGUUCUUUGGAAAUUUCAAUGGGCCGGUAUAUUUUGGUUUGCCAUCUACUAAGUAGCUAGUUUUAUACAGAAU